AUGAAGAGAUGAAAAAUCCACCUUUCUCCUUCUCUCUCUCUAUAUAUAUAUCUUGCAGAGAGCCUGUAACCAGUUAACCACAUGUUCACUAUUGUAUAGUUCAUUGAGCUGUGAGCUCCCAUGGAGUCGGAGGACUACAUUUUCCUGUGGAAAUGGCGCAAGUACCUCCUGCUGCUGGCCACGCUGGUGGCCGGCGUCACCUACGACGCCGGCCUCAACCCUCCCGGCGGCGUGUGGCCCGACGACACGGGUGGCCACGCCACCGGCGACCCGGUGCUCCCGGUGACGUUCCACAGCCGCUACCUCGCCUUCUUCUACUGCAACGCCACCGCCUUCGUCGCGUCGCUCGUCGUCAUCAUGAUGCUGCUCGACCGCCGCGUCAGCGGCAACCGCGUCGGCGUCACCGUGCUCCGCUCCGCCAUGGUGCUCGACCUGUUCGCGCUCAUGGGCGCCUACGCCGCCGGGGUCAGCAGGGACGUGCUCGCCGUCGCCUACGUCUCGGCGCUGUUCGGCCUGGUGUUCGCGUACGUCGCGCUGCACAUCGUCGUGGCCACGUCGGCGCUGCCGCCGGUGGAGUGGCUGCGCGCGUCGGCGAAGAGGCUCGCCGGCAAGGCGGAGGAGCUGCUCAGGAAGGGCGACGACGAGGAGGCAGCGUCGGCGUCGGCGUCGAUGACGACGCGGCGCGUCGAGGAGGACCGGCAGGAGCGGCGCAAGUUCCUGCUGCUGCUGGCCACGUUCGCGACGCCGCUGACGUACGCCGCCGGGUUCGAUCCGCCGGGCGGCUUCUGGGACAGCACCGGCGGCGGCCACACCGCCGGCGUCCCCGUGCUCCGCGACGGCCCGUCCAGGAGCCGCUACAGGGCGUUCUUCUACUGCAACGCCACGUCGUUCGUGGCGUCGCUCGCCAUCGUCAUGCUGCUGAUGAGCCGCACGCUGAGCCGCCGCGUCGCCCGGUCGUACGCGCUGCAGGUGUGCGUGAUGGUGGAGCUGCUUGGCCUCGUGGGCGCCUACGCCGCCGGCAGCAACAGGAAGCGCGAGACCACCGCCUACGUCGUCUCCCUCGCCGGCGCGGUGCUCGUCUACAUCGCGCUCCAGGUGGUCGUCGGGAUGUUCGCCAUGGCCGCGAUCAAGAGAUGGCUCGUCGGCCUCUGCAGGAUCCUGCAGUGCCGACGCAGCAUGGAGCCAGCUGAACACCUGCGCGCUGAUGACGUCACGCAUGAUCAUCGCGUCCAAUACUUGGAGAUGAAGCCGUGCCCAGCAACUCCGAACAACACGCCAUGCGAAGUUCGUGCUCCGAAUGGCGAUGUCACCGGAGGAGGAGGAGGCGAUGGCGAUGAAGGCGACGCGGACACGGUGGAAGAGUCACGGUCGCUGCUGCUGCUGCUCGCCACGCUGGCGGCGACGGUGACCUACGACGCCGGGCUCAACCCGCCGGGUGGCUUCUGGCCGGACGGCGGCCGCGCCGGCGAGCUGAUCCUCCUCGACACGCACCCGAGGAGGUACAAGGCGUUCUUCCACUGCAACACGGCGGCGUUCGUGGCGUCGCUGGUGGUGAUCGUCAUCGUGCAGAGCAGGCAGCUGAGCUCGGGCGCCGUCGUGAAGCGCCGCGCGCUGCAGGCGGCCAUGACGCUCGACCUGCUGGGGCUCAUGGGCGCGUACGCCGCCGGGAGCUGCCGGAGCGCGGCGGCGACCGUCUACGUCUCCGCCCUGGCCGUCGCCGUCUUCGUCUACUCCCUCGGCAACGUCGUGGCGUUCACCACCAUGGGGCGGAGCAGGGAGACGAGGCUGAUGCGGUGGGUGGACGGGAUGGUCCAGAAGGUUCUAGAGAGGCUGCACCUCUGGGACGGCCAGGCCGAGGAAGCCGACGACGACCUGGAGAGGAAGCGCAAGUUCUUGCUGCAGCUCGCCAUCCUCGCCGCCACCGUGACGUACAAGACAGGGCUGAACCCGCCGGGCGGGUUCUGGUCGGGCUCCGACGACGGCCGCGCCGGCGACCCGGUCCUCGUCGACCACUACCGGAACCGGUACAUGGUGUUCUUCUACUGCAACGCGACGGGGUUCAUGGCGUCCGUCGCCGUCAUCCUCAUGCUCGUCAACCGGCGGCUGUACAAGCAGGGCAUCCGGUGCAACGCGCUCAACGCCUGCGUCGUGGUCGGCCUGCUCGGCCUCAUGCUCGCCUACGCCGCCGGCAGCUGCCGGAGGCUCCGCACGUCCGCCUACGUCAUCGCGCUCGUCGCCGCCGUGGUCGGCUUCCUCCUCCUCCAGAUCCUCCUGUUCCUGCUCGCGAAGCGCGUCGUGCCGGCGACGCUGGAACAUCGGCUGCCGCCGUGGCUGCUGGCGCUGUUCGAGCCGCUGACGCCGCCGCCUCGGAAGGCGGCGGCGGCGGCCGGCGGCGAAGACGACAAGCAGCAGGACUCCGGGGAGCGGCACACGGAGCAGUACAUGAAGCGCAAGUACCUGAUGCUGCUCGGCGUCCUCGCCGCGAGCGUGACGUACCAGGCGGGCCUCUCGCCGCCGGGCGGCACGUGGGGCGGCGACGGCGCCAUGGUGGCCGGCGGCUCCGCGACGUACCACUACGCCGCGGGCGACCCGGUGCUGCACGACACCGACCGGGCGAGGUACCACGCCUUCUUCCACUGCAACGCGACGUCGUUCGUGGCGUCCGUGGUGGUGAUCGUUCUGCUGCUGCUGCGGCGGCGGCGGCGGCGCGGCGCGCCGGCGGCGCCGCUGUGGGCGAUGCAGUCGGCGGUGGUGCUGGACCUGCUCGGCCUCCUCGGCGCCUACGCCGCGGGGAGCUGCAGGGAGUGGGAGACGUCGGCGUACGUGGUGGCGCUCGUCGGCGCCGUCGUGGUGUACAUCGCGCUGCACGUGCUGCUGUCCUUCGACGCCGUGGCGGCCAAGGCCGAGAGGCUCAAGGUCUGGAGAUACUUCGGCGAGAGCUCCGAUAAUAAUAAUCAGACCGGCGGUGGCGCUGCGGUGUAGUAGUGAACGAUGUAAUGGUCUCUGAAUUUCUCGUCCUGAUUGAUCUUCAAUUGUAUAGUGGCUGAUUGUUGUUGGUGAUUGCUGACGUAUGUGUUUGUUAUAAACUUGUAAUGGAUGAUUGGAUUGUUGUACCAUCUGUUUGUAAUACUUGUGUAGAUUUGUAUUGCAGUUUGAAUGGUGCAUCGUGGGUAAUUAUAAUGUGAGUUUGUAAAUUGUAAUUAA